CUGAGAUCCCCCUUGCAGUAUGGUCUCGCAUCCAGUCAGUCCUGCACCAUUUUCGCGUGCAAAUAUACUCCACGAUGCUGCUCCGGCCGAGAAUUACAGUGAUUCGUGGCUCAUCGGAAAUGGCCGUCUCGGUGCAGGCGUCCAAGGACAGGUGGAAGAUGAGAAACUUCGAGUCAACGAAGAAUCGAUCUGGGCUGGAGGACCGCAGGACCGCAAUAACCCAGAUUGCAAAGGUCAGCUUGCUGAAGUCAAACGUUUAGUUGCGGGUGGAAAUCUGCUGGAAGCGGAGAGGCUAUCGAUGCAAGCAAUGGCGGGCAAUCCCACCUCGAUGCGAUAUUAUGACUUCCUCGGUAUGAUACACUUCAUACACUACGAUCAUCAUGGUGCGACUGGCUAUGAACGAUCUCUAAAUCUUGACACAGCGGUGGCCACUGUCAAAUACAAACUCAAUGAUGUCAAUUACACGAGGGAAUACAUUGCCAGUCAUCCGAAAGACCUCAUUGCUGUUCACAUUCGUGGCGACCGGCCUGCCUCUGUCAAUUUUUCAGUCGCAACUGAGCGCGGCUUGAACGAAAACAGAUGGGAAGAAUAUAAUCGACGAGUGUCACAUGAUUGCGUGGUGAUGGGCGGACAAUUCCUCGGGGGUGGGGGUCACUCUUUUGCAGCUGGCGUCAAGGUCUUCACAGAGACGGGUCACGUCAAGAGCCUGGGUCAAGAGGUCGAAGUCACAAAUGCAGAUGAGGUAACCGUAUUCUUUACAGCAUGGACCACUUAUCGGGAUUCAAAUCCACAUGCCCGAGUAGUCUCACAGCUAAACGAGGCUGCCCAAACACCUUGGAGUAUCUUGCUCGAUCAACACAUUGCUGACCACCACUCGUUGUUCAGCCGGGUGGAUAUAAGUUUUGGAUCUUCAACUCCAGCACAACGCGCCUUGUCGAUAUCCGAUCGCGUCAAGGGACAAGAGAAGUUGUUUGAUCCAGAAUUAACAGCCCUUCAUUAUCAAUUUGGACGAUAUUGUUUGAUCGCCUCGUCACGGCCAGGUACGCUUCCGGCCACUCUCCAAGGCAUCUGGUCAGGCAGUCCAGAUCCUCAAUGGGGGUGUAGAUACACGACCAAUAUCAAUCUACAAAUGAACUACUGGCUGGCACUCCAAACAAAUUUGUUCGAGUUGAACGAGCCCCUCCUGGACUUUGUCUUAGACUUGUCCAAGUCCGGUCAAGAAACAGCAAGAAAGAUGUAUGGUGCUCGUGGCGCCGUGUGCCAUCACAACGCUAAUCUCUGGGGUGAUUGUGCGCCUCAAGACCGAUAUACACCCGCAACCGUAUGGCCUACAGGCUUGGCUUGGCUGUGUACACACAUCUGGGAGCACUAUCUAUUCUCUGGAGAUAUAACGGUACUGCGAAAGUACUAUCCCGCCAUCAAAGAGGCAUCCCUGUUCUUUUUAGAUGCCAUGACGGAUCAUGAUGGCUACAAGGUCACAAGUCCUUCCCUGUCUCCCGAGAAUUCGUACAUGGAUCCCCGGACCGGACUAGCCGUGUCUAUAUGCGCUGGGCCGACAUUGGACAACUGUAUCCUGUGGGAUUUAUUCAGCGCCACCAUCCAUUGCCAUCAAGUCCUGGAUCUCGAUGAUGAGGCGUUCAUCCUCCAGGUGUCAGAAUUCAGGUCAAAACUGCCGCCAAUCAAGAUCAACCGCCAGGGAGGAAUUCAAGAGUGGUUACAGGACUAUGUCGAAGCAGAAAUUGGUCACCGUCACUAUUCGUCACUGUAUGGAAUGUAUCCAGGAUCAAGGAUCACGCCGUCUUCUCCCACCCUAUUUAAUGCUGCCCGUACGCAGCUACACCGCCGGAUCAAGCACAACUCGACCCACACUGGAUGGUCUGCCGCAUGGGCAAUGGCUCUAGCGGCGAGAGCUUUUGAUGCAGACAUUGUGGCCGAGCGAUACAAAGCCGCCCAUGAAUUCUGGGUUAUGCCUCGCACCCUCAUCGCGGUAGGAGGAAGGGAAUUCCAGCUCGAUUCGACAUUCGGAUUUCCGUCCGCUAUGACUGAGUGCAUCCUGCAGAGCCACGAAACGAUACGGGAGGAGGGGGUCGUCAACGUUCUGAUCCGUCUGCUACCGUCUCUGCCGACUGAGUGGGCUCAACAGGGUAGAGGGGGCCACCUCUCUGGCGUCAGAGCCCGGGGUGGUUUCAUCGUGGAUGUAGAGUGGAAUGAGCGCGGCGAACUGGUCAGCGCCAUGAUUGAGGAUACUGUGGGAGGUCCGUUCGUCGUUACUGCAAGUAGAAGUCGGUGCGAGGAUCGAAAUGUCGGUGUUGAGGUCAUCGUGGACGGAAAGAGGGGUGUUUUUGUCAAGGUGGCGAGUCAAAAAGGCCAGCUUAGCUCCGUGCGGGCCAUACAUACAAGUACCUGA